AUGUCAGAUGUGUCUCUCAGACUAUCGGACUGUAACAAGCUUUUCUUUGGCUUCUUUGAUGUUUCGUCCCUUGCUAUCAUCGAACGGAGGGGGGCACUGGCGGAUGCUGACGUUGACGCAGGCAUUACAUCGGUUCCAUUUCGUCUAUCUGAAAACUGUACUGAAAGACGCUCAGUUCUUUUUACAUUGUUAGCAUAUGGUCUCAACAAUACCGCUACUUGGACCCGAGUUCAGGGGGACUGGGAGAGCGAGGAAGCGAUAGGACGAAGGACGGCGGGUGAGCUAGAAGGCUAUCAGCAAAGAGGACAACAACGUUCACGAUCGCAGGGACAAGCACACUACUCACAGAUGAUGACAUCUGACAAGAUUAACCCAACGACACCAUACACUCUGCACCCGAUCAACGAACGGGUCAAGAAGGGUGGGUACGGUGCAGCGCUACGAACACGCAAGGACAAGGGUAAAAGUGCGUGA